AUGGAACAGAAUCAUUUAAAAGAUAACGUCGGCGUAAAGGUGGAUGAUAGCCACUCGAAGCCACUAUGGGACACGGCGCUGAAUCCUCCCAACCGCGGCGUUCUGCCUCCAGCAGCAUCGCUGGCUCACUCACGCUCGUCUAUCAUCACUGAACUUCCUCAAGCCGGUCAAGGAUACACUCAAACCAAGGACCACCUGUUCAAUGAUAUCGUACCCGGGUUGAACGACAGUGCAAUCAAUGCAAAUUACUACGGGUUUGUGACCGGCGGAGUGACUCCCGCAGCGUUGUUGGCAGAUAACAUCGUCUCUGCCUAUGACCAGAACGUCUGUGUUCAUCUCGUCGACCACUCGGUUGCAACCGACGUGGAAUAUGCUGCCCUUUGCCUGUUAAAAGAUUUGUUCGGGCUAAAGAAGGAAGACUGGCCUCAUGGGACGUUAACUACCGGUGCUACCGGAAGCAAUCUGGUUGGCCUGGCGUGUGGAAGAGAAUAUGUCUUGCGAAAGGCAGUUCAGAAACGAGCAGCCAGUGGGAACAUCGCUUCCGGCAGCAUUACAUACAGCGUGGGUGAAUAUGGCAUGCCUGCGGUACUUGAGGCAGCGGGCUUGAAAGGCCUUCAGGUACUAUCCACCAUGCCACACUCGUCUGUGGGAAAGGUUGCUGGUAUUCUAGGAAUCGGUAGAGCCAAUGUGAAGUCCAUCGUAUCAAAGACAGGUGAAUCCGGCGGGCAACCGUUGAAGUUUGACUUUGAAUUGUUUGAAAAGGAGCUGGCAAGGCCGGGCUUUGCCACGAUUGUCUCUAUCUCUUGCGGCGAAGUCAAUACAGGGCGCUUUGCAACCAAGGGACUAGAAGAGUUCAGGCGUGUUCGGGCAUUAUGCGAUAAAUACAAUGCAUGGCUUCACGUUGAUGCUGCGUUUGGUAUGUUUGGACGUGUUCUUGAUGAUAGUCCAGAGUUCGAGAUGAUCAAGAAAGGCAGCGAAGGGAUUGAGCUUGCGGAUUCAAUUACUGGGGACGGGCAUAAGUUGCUGAAUGUCCCAUACGAUUGCGGAUUCUUCUUCUCUCGCCAUGAAGACGUUGCAGAGGAAGUGUUUAGGAAUCCUAAUGCCGUUUACCUUUCUUCUUCGGCCGGAGGCCAUAUACCAACGCCACUCAACAUAGGUGUGGAAAACUCGAGGCGGUUUAGAGCAUUGCCUGUUUACUCGACGCUUGUUGCAUAUGGAAGAAAUGGCUAUAGAGCUAUGGUAGAGAGACAAAUUCGGCUUGCUAGGCUGAUUACCGGCUGGCUCCAAGACCACCCCAAAUAUACGGUCCUUGGAGGUGGAGCUUCGAAAGAGGACUUGAUCGUUGCCACAUACGUUAUAGUUUUGUUCAAAGCCAAAGACGAAGAGCUCAAUGCCAGGCUGGCUAGUUUAAUAAAUGCUACUGGCAAGAUGUUUGUUUCUGGGACUAAAUGGGCUGGAGAGACAGCAUGCAGGAUUGCGAUCUCGAACUGGAAAGUACAAGUCGAGAAAGAUUUAACCCUUGUUAAAGAGGUCCUUGAUGAGGUUUCUAGAUAG